CUGCGCCUCCAGGAGAGCAGUUGAACAUUAGCGCUCCUUGCGAACGGACGUGUUUUCUGACAGCUAACAACUUAAUUGUGCAAUUACAACAAUCGAGUGAAAAACUCUCGCCUCGGUAUUAACGCUCAGCCAAUACUUUGUGUAGUGAAGUGAACAAAUCUCGAAAAGAGUGCACCAAAAAUGGCCAUCGCUUUCUAUAUCCCAGCGAUUGACGACGCAAUCGCAAGGCAACAUCAGCAGCAAAUGAUGCAAAUCAUCAAUCAGCAGCAGCAACAAUUUUCGCCUCCACCGAGUCCUACAAGUCCUACAUCCUCAGCGGAGUCGAUCCCGCCAACUCCACCGCUAACUCCGACGAUGACCCAAGUUAGCGUUCACCACAACCGCUAUCAUUUGGUGCAAGCCUUCCACGAGAUGCUGUUCCGUCACGCCCAAGAAAAUAAUCCAACGCGAACCCGCUGUUUGCUGUGCAACAAGCUGUACUACCUCUUACGCAAAGUGUAUUGAAGUGUGAUCAGUUUCACCCAUUCAAACUUAAAACCCGUACUAACUGUGCUCCGAAAAAAUAAAGUGAAGUUUAUUUGUUUUCUGGAUGCGGAAAUGCGUGUGGCACAAGCCGAAGUCUGGCGCGAGAACCGCUUUGGCGUGCGCCACCAAAUGAUGCAGCGUUCCUGUGAAAGAAGUGACGAUUCCAGCAGUGGAACCGUCAGCAUAGUCUUGAGGAACCUAUGGUCAAGAGUGUGGGCUAAUCCUGUUCUGACUUGCAAGACGCUCGGUUAGCGGAGGUGUAUCCAGUUGGGGAUAAGAUAAGCAAGCAAAUGAGGUUGACAUUACACAACUGUAGCGAAUAUUUUAGUAUAAAUUGAAAUAAAUAAAACAAU